AGGGGGCGGGUGACUAAACUCAACCCGGAACUUUGCAUGGUCAAUAAUUUUGGGAAACCUCUCCACCUAGGCACAUAGGUUCUCCAAAAUAGUUGAAAAUAUAAUUCACUCUCGGAUUAUUGUCGUCCUCUCUAGGGAGAGAUUUCAAAUGCUUCCAGUCCCGAUCUCGGCGCUUUCGCGAGGACAGUAACUUUUCUUUUCAAACAGAGUCUUAGGAGGACACACAUAAACACACUUCAAGAUGCCCCAACAGGAUAUUGUGAAGAUUGCCAUCCAGAUGCCAGGAGCAUACCCUCAGCUCAUUCAACUGGACCAGAAAAAGCCCCUUUCUGCUGUAAUAAAGGAGGUUUGUGAUGGGUGGAAUCUUCCAGGCCCUGAUAACUAUGCCCUCCAGUAUGCCGACGGUGUUCAGACCUACAUCACUGAAUCUAACCGUCUGGACAUUAAGAAUGGCUGCAUUCUCCGUCUGACCAAGGCACCGGGCCGUUGUGCCGAGGACCUCUACAAGGGCAUCCAGAGCUCAGACUCAGGUGUGCGCUGUGAUUCGCUGAAGCAGCUGGCCUGCGUGUCCACUGACGUCACUUUUGCCCAAGAGUUUAUCAGCCGUGAUGGCCACUCUCUGCUGGUGAAGAUCGUAGAGGACGCUGACGAGGCCCCUCUGAUCAUGACCCACACACUGACAGGCUUCAUGGAGUUGAUGGACCAUGGGAUUGUAUCAUGGGAGAAUCUCUCUGCUGUCUUCAUCAAGAAGAUUGCUAACUUCGUCAAUGCCAAGGUGCUGGACGCGUCCAUCCAGCAGGUGUCCCUGGCCAUCCUGGAGAGCAUGGUGCUGAGCAGCAGCAGCCUCUUCCAGCAGGUCAAGCAGGAGGUCACUCUGGAGAGACUCCUCUCACAUCUGCAGGUGACAAACCAACAGAUUCAAACCAAAGCCAUGGCCCUCCUCAUGGCUCUGCUACAGACUGCUGGAGAUGCAGACAGACAGGAGCUGUUUGCCUUCUUAGGAAUGAAGAAUCUUCGACAGUACAUCUAUAAGAACAUUAUCCAUAGUUCUGCCUCCGUGGGGGAUGAGAUGGCCCACUACCUGUAUGUCCUCCAGUCUGUCACUCUGAACCACCUGGAGCCUCGCAUGAGGAUGCCCCUGGACUCCUACAACCAGGACCAGAGGGAGAUUCUACACGGCCUGCGGCAGGCAGCCUUCGAGACGGAGAGUGAGAACAGCUUGAGUCAUGAGCGACGGCGCUCUCUCUGUGCCAAGGAGUUCAAGAAGCUGGGCUUCUCUAACAACAGUAACCCAGGUCAGGACCUGCUGCGGGCCCCUCCUGGCCUGCUGGCUCUGGACACCAUGGCCUACUUCGCCUCCCGCUACCCCGAUGCCUACAGCAGGUUUGUUCUAGAAAACAGCAGUAGGGAGGAUAAGCACGAGUGUCCAUUCGCCCGCAGCAGCAUCCAGCUGACUCUAAUCUUGUGUGAGAUCCUACGCAUCGGAGAGCCCCCCUCAGAGACUGGUUCAAACUACCACCCCAUCUUCUUCUCUCAGGACCGGCUGCUAGAGGAGCUUUUCUGCGUCUGCAUCCAGCUGAUCAACAAGACCUGGAAGGAGAUGAGAGCCACGCAGGAGGACUUUGACAAGGUAAUGCAGGUUGUGCGUGAGCAGAUCACUAGGACUCUGUCCAGUAAGCCCACGUCUCUGGAGCUGUUUAAGAACAAGGUGAAUGCUCUGAACUACAGUGAGAUCCUCAAACUACGCCAGACAGAGCGGCUGCACCAAGAGGAGACCCUCGCCCCGCCUGUAUUAGAGCUGAAGGAGCGUCUGAAACCUGAGCUGUUGGAGCUGAUUCGCCAGCAGAGACUGAACCGCCUGUGUCAGGGAACACUCUUCCGCAAGAUCAGCAGUCGACGAAGACAGGAUAAGUUGUGGUACUGUCGUUUGUCACCCAAUCACAAAGUCCUGCACUUUGGCGAUGUGGAGGAGGACACAGAAACACCCCCCAUCGAGAGUCUCCAGGAAAAGAUUCCUGUUGCAGAUAUCAAAGCACUGCUGACAGGGAAAGACUGCCCUCACAUGAAGGAGAAUAAGGGCAAACAGACCAAGGAAGGGUUGGACCUGGCUUUCAGCAUCACUUAUGACGUGGAGGAGUACAGCCUCAACUUUAUCGCCUCAUCCAGAACAGACUUCUGCCUGUGGACAGAUGGACUGAGCGUGCUCCUGGGGCGGGACAUGAGUAGUGAAUGCAUGAGGAGUGAGCUGGAUAUCCUACUUUCCAUGGAGAUCAAGCUUCGCCUCCUGGACCUGGAGAACGUGCCCAUCCCAGACUGCGCCCCCCCGGUGCCCAAACCCCCCAGCAACUUCAACUUCUGCUACGACUUAAGCCAGGCUGAGCAGUAGGCCUGGAGAGAGGUCAAGGCAUGGUAGAGGAGGAGACCUGGGGCUUGUUCAGGAGGAUGUAACGUUACAGAAUGUUCGGAUCGAAAUGCAUGAAGUAGAACAUACAUGAUCAUCUGUCCUAUGGAAUAGGGGCGUAUGUCAGUUCUAUUCAUUCUAUUUCUAUCUGCAACGUUCAGAAUGUUUCAUGUCACUGAAUGUACCCCAAUAACGACCAAGCAUGUGGACAUAGCUAGAUACACAGGAGGAACAGUGGCAACAUGGAGGCCUGGAUGGAUAUAAAGAUGAUCUAAAGCAGAGGCAAAGAUGUCUUCUUAUAUGGGCGGAGUAAUGUGGAAGACGAGAGGCUGAACGUGAUUCCUUAGGUACUAUUAGAGUGGUCAUCUUUAUGGGUGUGGUCUGGGAACACAAGUGUAUUGUAACUGUAGAAAUGAAAAACAGAAAGGAAAACGCUGCACACUGCUGCUCCCAGGUGAUAUUUAUUUAUAACAACGUUUCAACCCUUAGGUCUUCAUCAGGCAUCCAUAUCCCAGGUGGGGGUGGAAGGUCCUAUAUAUAGGGGCAGUUCUCAGUGACAUCACUUCCUGAAACAGGAGGUAAAAAAUAUAUAACAGGUUGACAAUAUUAACAUUCAAUGUAUCAAAAUAUAUGAUCAUACACAAUGUGAUCAAUAUUUACAGUAAUAUAUAUAUAUAUAUAUAUAUAUAUAUAUAUAUAUAUAUAUAUAUAUAUACAAUACAAUACAAUAUUGAAUUAGGAUGAAAAAACACAAUCAUUUGGACAUUUUGAAACUAUAAAAACGGUUUUCAAGAAAUUACCGAUAAAAUGACAAGUGGCUAAUUCUAUAGUUGAAUGCUUCAUACUUUAGCAUUACUUGUCUUCAGCGUUUCUCCCAUUCUUACUUCGGGCAUCACCUCUUCAUGGCUCCAGUCCACAGUCCUCUGUGUAUUGUGUUUGGGCAGAGUUCGUGUUUCGUUUUGGUCAUAUCUGGUUUUUCUAGUUUUUCAACUUUUUGGGGGUUUUCUAUAAACUGAUACCUUUGUGAAACAGGCAGCAUGACAGCUCUUCUGAACGUACUGAACCAAAGGAUUGAAACAGAACAAAACAAUACAUAUAUAUUUUUGUAUAUAUAUAUAUGCCUCUGAGACAGAAUCACUUGUUUUGACGUUUACAUUUUACAUUUCAGUAAUUUAGCAGACGCUCUUAUCCAGAGCGACUUACAGGAGCAAUUACAGUUAAGUGCCUUGCUCAAGGGCACAUCGACCCUUGAGCACCUAGUUGACAUGGUACUUAACAACUUGACCUCCUACACCAACAGAAUCCUAUCUAGCAGAUUGUAACGGGCUUUAUUAGUCUUUACAGGAUAGGUACAGUUUGGCGUAGCACAUAGCAUUUUCCACCAACCUUAAAGGGAUUCUCUGGUACUUUUCUAUACUUUGUAGACAGUAGUUCUGAAAGUAGCACCCAUGAGCCAAAAGUGGUCCCCGAAUAUUGCGUAAUACAUCACAUGUGCAGAUAUGUGUACCACGUCAUUGCUCUCUCUCUCUCACUCUGCUGUGUAUGAUUCUUGCUAGUGGUCACUCAAGUGGCUAGGGGGUCAAUCUCAUUAGCUGGAACUGGAAUUGCUAGGGGACUGGCCCACAAAGGGGAAAAUGGUGCAGAUAGUAUCGCCAAGUUAAGGUUGGUCGAAUAUUCUCUGUGCUAUGCCUAACAGUACUUAUUCUGUAAUGGCUAAUGGAGCAUCACAUUAGCCCGUUACAAUCUGCUAGCUAGCAGAAUCCUAACUCCCUGUUCUAAAGUGGUACUUUAAUAAUUUGAAGACAGAAACAAGAAAAUAGAGGUAACCAAGAUAAUCAGGCUCCAAGCCUGGUAGAAUCCCUAUUUAUAAUAUAUGAAAUAUCCUUUAUAUGUACAGUGCCUUCGGAAAGUAUUCAGACCCAGUGACUUUUUCCACAUUUUGUUAUGUUACAGACUUAUUCUAAAAUGAAUUUAAAAAAAUAAUAAUCUCAGCAAUCUACACACAAUACCCCAUAAUGACAAUGUGAAAACAAGGUUUUAGACAUUUCUGCAAAUGUAUUAAAAAUAAAAAACAGAAAUGUGCAUAAGUAUUCAGAUCCUUUGCUAUGAGACUCGAAAUUGAUCUCCGGUGCAUCCUGUUUCCAUUGAUCAUUGUUUCUACAACUUGAUUGGAGUCCACCUGUGAUAAAUUAAAUUGCUUGGACAUGAUUUGGAAAGGCACACACCUGUCUAUAUAAGGUCCCACAGUUGACAGUGCAUGUCAGAGCAAAAACCAAACCAUGAGGUUGAAGGAAUUAUCCGUAGAGCUCCAAGACAGGAUUGUGUCGAGGCACUGAUCUGGGGAAGGGUACCAAAAAAUGUCUGCCACAUUGAAGGUUCCCAAGUACACAGUGGCCUCCAUCAUUCUUAAAUGGAAGAGGUUUGGAACCACCAAGACUCUUCCUAGAACUGAGUAAUCAGGGCACAAGGGCCUUGGUCAGGGUGGUGACCAAGAACCCGAUGGUCACUCUGUGGAGAUGGGAGAACCUUCCAGAAGGACAACCAUCUCUGCAGCACUCCACCAGUCAGGCCUUUAUGGUAGAGUGGCCAGACGGAAGCCACUCCUCAGUAAAAGUAUAUGACAGCCUGCUUGGGUGUUUGCCAAAAGGCACCUAAAGACUCUCAGACGAUGAGAAACAAGAUUCUCUGGUCUGAUGAAACCAAGAUUGAACUCUUUGGCCUGAAUACCAAGUGUCACAUCUGGAGGAAACCUUGCACCAUCCCUACGAUGAAGCAUGGUGGUGGCAGCAUCAUGCUGUGGGGAUGUUUUUCAGCGGCAGGGACUGGGAGACUAGUCGGGAUCAAGGCAAAGAUGAACGGAGCAAAGUACAGACAGAUCCUUGAAGACCUGCUCCAGACCUCAGACUGGGGUGAAGGUUCAGCUUCCAACAGGACAACGACCCUAAUUAUACAGCCAACACAACGCAGGAGUGGCUUCGGGACAAGUCUCUGAAUGUCCUUGAGUGCCCCAGCUAGAGCCCAAUCUAACAUCUCUGGAAACCUGAAAAUAGCUGUGCAGCAACACUCCCCAUCCAACCUGACAGAGCUUGAGAGGAUCUGCAGAAAAGAAUGGUAGAACCUCCCCAAAUACAGGUGUACCAAGCUUGUAGCGUCAUACCCAAGAAGACUUGAUUCUGUAAUCGUUGCCAAAGGUGUUUCAACAAAGUACUGAGAAAAGGGUCUGAAUACCUCCUCCCAGAGUGCUAAGAACCUUGGCGUGAUCCUGGACAACACCCUGUCGUUCUCAACUAACAUCAAGGCGGUGGCCCGUUCCUGUAGGUUCAUGCUCUACAACAUCCGCAGAGUACGACCCUGCCUCACACAGGAAGCGGCGCAGGUCCUAAUCCAGGCACUUGUCAUCUCCCGUCUGGAUUACUGCAACUCGCUGUUGGCUGGGCUCCCUGCCUGUGCCAUUAAACCCCUACAACUCAUCCAGAACGCCGCAGCCCGUCUGGUGUUCAACCUUCCCAAGUUCUCUCACGUCACCCCGCUCCUCCGCUCUCUCCACUGGCUUCCAGUUGAAGCUCGCAUCCGCUACAAGACCAUGGUGCUUGCCUACGGAGCUGUGAGGGGAACGGCACCUCAGUACCUCCAGGCUCUGAUCAGGCCCUACACCCAAACAAGGGCACUGCGUUCAUCCACCUCUGGCCUGCUCGCCUCCCUACCACUGAGGAAGUACAGUCCCCGCUCAGCCCAGUCAAAACUGUUCGCUGCUCUGGCCCCCCAAUGGUGGAACAAACUCCCCCACGACGCCAGGACAGCGGAGUCAAUCACCACCUUCCGGAGACACCUGAAACCCCACCUCUUUAAGGAAUACCUAGGAUAGGAUAAAGUAAUCCUUCUCACCCCCCUUAAAAGAUUUAGAUGCACUGUUGUAAAGUGGCUGUUCCACUGGAUGUCAUAAGGUGAAUGCACCAAUUUGUAAGUCGCUCUGGAUAAGAGCGUCUGCUAAAUGACUUAAAUGUAAAUGUAAUGUACUUAUGUAAAUGUGAUAUUUCAAUUUUAAAUUGUUAAACUGUUUUUUAUUUGUCAUUAUGUGGUAUUGUGUGUAGAUUGAUGAAGAAAAAAAUGAUUUAUUCAAUUUUAGAGUAAGGUGUAACAAAAUGUGAAAAAAGUCAAGGGGUCUGAACACUUUCCGAAGGCACUGUAUGUGCAGAUAGCAUUUUAAUUAGUUCCAUUUGCUUAUGAGCCCUUUGAUGAGAAUACCUCAGAGAUACUCACAUGGGCUGAUGAUCUUGAUUGAUCUUCUGUACGUUUUAUUUAAGGUUGUCCUAAGGUUUGAUGGCUAACAUUCAAACGGUUCUGUCUUAGGCAAUGGGCUUUUGUGCUUUUAUUGGUGUUGAGAGCUUGAUCAACGAUACAGUCACCUUCCAUAUGCUCUUUAUUGUAGGUACUAUUCAAGCUACAGAUAAGGUAGCUUAAGAUACAGAUAAUGUAGCUAAGGUACAGAUAAGUAUUUUGUAUCACUGACAAAUGAUUUAGCUUCAAGCACCAUAUAUUUAUCUCUGCUAUUAAUUAAUUUUGCCUGGUAACCAUUUUUGCUCUGGAGCUGAGAGCAAAUGCUCUAAAAGGUCCACUAUGAAUUUCAGUCCAUACUAAAUGGAUAUUAGUUCAACAUUGAUAUUGUUGUAGGGUACUUAUUUUCAUGACAAUAUGAAUGAUUCUGAUAAAUAAAUCUGACCUCAUCAAAUCUGACUGUAAUAUAUUGUAAAACAGUAAACAAAUGUCCUAUUAGUAUGGUGGACCUUCGACUUUACAUAUUCAAAAUCUCAAUGGCCUGUGAGACGGGUGAAAAGGUCAACUCAUGAUAAUGGAUUUUUGUAGCCAGUUCCUUAGCCAGUGAUCUGGGCUUCUCUGAAAUUGGUGGUGAUUUUGCUGUUCAUUGCAAGUGUGUUCAUGUUAAACACACAAUAAUCUCCAUAGUAACCCCUAAUUUAUGCUUUACUAAGAUUAGGGUUGACAUGAAUAAAUAUGAUUUAUACAGAU